CUCCGCCGCCGGGCUCCAUGGCUGGAGCGCGGCGCUGGUGCGCGGAGGCCGGCAAGAGGCUCUCCGUCGAGGGCAACAUCGCCGUGGGGAAAUCCACCUUCGUGAGGCUGCUCAGAAGAGCCUUUCCAGAAUGGCACGUGACUUCGGAGCCAGUCUCCAAAUGGCAGAAGGUUCAAGCGGCUGGCUCCCAUCAGGGCUCUCCUUCUCAAAGCUUUGGGAACUUGCUUCAGAUGGUUUACCAGGAUCCCCCUCGGUGGUCCUACACCUUCCAGACCUACUCGUUUCUGAGCCGGCUCAAAGCCGAGCUGGAGCCUCUGUCAGUGACGCCCCCGACGACGCCGGAACCUGUGCAGCUUUUUGAACGAUCUGUCUACAGUGAUAGGUAUGUCUUUGCCAAAAAUCUCUUUGAGAUUGGCCACCUAGCUGAGAUUGAGUGGGUCAUCUACCAGCAGUGGCACAGCUUCCUCCUGCAAGCGUUUGGGGACCAGAUCGACCUCCAUGGCUUCCUUUAUCUCCGGGCACCUCCUGAGGUCUGCAUGGAGAGGCUGCGCCGGAGAGCGAGGCCCGAAGAGGAGGGCGUCCAGCUGCGCUACCUGGAACAGCUGCACGCUCAGCACGAGAACUGGCUCAUGAGGAAAAGCACUGUGGUCCAUUCUGAAAACUUAAGAAAUGCUCCAGUCCUGCUGCUUGAUGUGUCAAAGGAUUUUGAGAACGACCCAAAUGAACAAGGGAAGCUCAUGAGCCAGGUGAAGGCUUUCAUGAAGACGCUCCCCCCUGAGGCCUCGCCCUCUGCCUAACUGAGGAUCUCGUUCCAGGAGCCGCUGACUCUGCUGGCCAUAAAGAGGCCAAGUGAAAAGAAGUGAACCUCUUUCGGUCCUGGAAGGUGGAAACCGCCUGGAGUUAAGAGUUGAGGCGGGCCAGAGAUGCUCCCUUUUUAGGGCCUUUCUUCACAAUGCCUGCAAGGAAAAGCAGCCCUCCUCCCCAGCGCCACCACGAUCCCAAAGUGAUCUGCAGAGCCAGCUUGAGCUGUAGCGGGUGGUGAUGGCACAGGUGAAGGGCUGGGAGCACCUCCGCGUGCGCUGGGCCAGGCCAGAGGACAUCACCCCCACCCCCACCCCCCACCGCCUGAGCAGCCUGGGAUCCAGCAUGUCCCGCCCACGAGGCCCCACUGCCCAGUUGAUCAGCGGGACGGCAGGGAAAAGGCCCUUCGCAGUGCUGGAGCAGCAUUGACCCUGUUGCUGCUUCCGUGCUGCCGAUGGGGCCAAUGAAGCAGCAGUCCGCAAGUGGCUCUGAGGCAACCGACUCCCAGGGCCGCACUAGGAGCAGGAGUGCUGAAGCAGCUGGGCUCCCGGCCCCGCAGGACCUAAACGGACAUUCCCCCCUGACGUCCCGGAUUCGGGCCCUGGCGGAUGGACCCAACUCUCCCUCCACCAACUCUGGCUGCUUCGUUUCCUCCGGGGGGCCGGGGGAGGAGCCUCGCUAGUUUUCCUCUGCCUGCCCUCAAUCCUUGCUGCCUAGCGUGGCAUGGAGUGGUGGCGCAGCUGUCUCGUGCACUAUAAAUGUAUGUAUGUAGGUACUGAAAGAGUUCUGGGACCAGCCAAGGGGUCUGGAAUGUGCACCGCCUGUGAGAGGUUGCAGAAUUAGUGCACAGUCUUUGCCAUUGCUUUGCACACCAGAAGAAGCUGUGGAGAAGCUUGUCAGACCUGCAACUUGCAUAUGAAGGAGCUCUUCUCCCAGCUGCUGCUCUUCCCCUAAGACACGAGUCUCUGUGCGUAAUGAAGGCCUCCUGGGCUCUGUAUCCUUGCAUGGUGAAAUCCCAGGCAUGUUGUGUCUGAUGAGCCAGGCGCUUGCCAGAAUUCUAUAGAUCACCCUUCUCCAGCCUGAUCCUCUCCAGAUGUUUUUGACAUCAACUCACAUCAGCCCCAUCCAGCAUGACCAAUGAUUAGGAAUGCUGGGGAUUGUAGGUCAAAAAAUUUGGAGGGCACCAGGUUGGGGAAGGCUGAAGGAGGCUGUGACUCAUGCCUAACAGUUUGCAGCAUUUAGUCGAGACUUCCGAGAUCUAUUUGAAGGUAUCUUGUUUUUCUACUUCUGUGGCACCCUUAGAAACCUUGGGACAAGCCCAUUUCUGCUGCUGGGCGACACCUGGGAUGACGCACCUGUUGGAUCCCCUGGCUGGGGUGGUGGGAGCUGCAGUCCGAUGUCUGGGGAGGGGGAGCACACAUGUUCUCACCCCUUGGCUACAUCUUACUAGCAUCGUCGCUGUCGUGGAGGCCUCUUAGGUGGGCCUCGUGAGGAGUGUGCUGUAAGCCAUUGCUACUCAUGGCGGGGAAGUAGCAAGAGCAGCGUGUGCUUUGUGGGCGGGCGGACGGUAGAGCUCCUGACUCCUCAAUAGGGAUCUUCGCCAAACUCAAGUCUGGAUGUGUAAGAAAGCAAAUGCCAGAAUACUAGUGGUGGGACCUUCUGUUUGGGGAAGGGCGUAAACAGCUGAGAAAAUGCAGGAGCCGGGCGGGUGGGUUAGAGCUUCAGGUCGAUCCAGGUGUGUUUCUUAGGGUGCAGCCCUGUGCCUGCGUGCUGGGGAGUGCUGGGCAUUGAAGCAGCACUUUUUUCUUUUUAAACAUGCACAGGAUCUCGCCCCUUAAGCUUGGUUUCACUGGUACCGUCAGCAUCUACUGCUGCUGCAGAUGGAAUUGUAGGAACUGCUUCUCGGGCUUUGCCUACUUGAGGUUCUGUUACAUGCAGCUGGCAUUUUCUGUAAUCAUGCAAGGCUGUCAUGUGCCUUCCAUGUUAUUCUGAAUGGUGUGGUUGCUCUUACAUAAACAUGCACCUGGUCAAAAAUGCUUGGAGGGGUGUGGGAGCAACCGCAGAAGUGAUGCCAGCCAUGCAGCCUCAGACCACGGGGUUCUUGUCAACAGCUCCAGGUUUUGUACUUUAGUGUGUAUUUUAAAGAUUCGCUGCAUCGGUAAACUCUUUUCGUAGUGGAAUCCUCCAAGCUAUAAAGUGCUGUAUUUAAAUUAAUAAAUUGAAUCCCUUUGAAAAUA